AUGGGAAGACAUUCAUGUUGUUAUAAGCAAAAGCUUAGAAAAGGCCUUUGGUCUCCUGAAGAAGAUGAGAAACUUCUCAAUUACAUAACUAGACAUGGUCAUGGCUGUUGGAGUUCUGUCCCCAAACUCGCAGGGUUGCAGAGAUGUGGAAAGAGUUGUAGGCUUAGGUGGAUAAACUAUUUGAGACCAGACUUAAAGAGAGGAGCUUUCUCUCAAGACGAAGAAAGCUUGAUCAUUGAGCUCCAUGCUGCGUUAGGCAACAGAUGGUCUCAAAUAGCAACUCGGUUACCGGGAAGAACAGACAACGAGAUCAAAAACUUUUGGAACUCAUGUCUUAAGAAGAAGCUGAGAAGAAAAGGCAUUGAUCCAACAACACAUAAACCCAUAAUAACCGAACUUCAAACUCUUAACGUCAUAGAUCAGAAGCUGACGUCACCAAAUACUCCAGAAGUAAGAAAGUCAACGGCUUCGAUAAACAACCCGCAUGAUCAGUCGAUGGUCGUCUUAUCCCAACCCGGUCCCUGGUGGUACCCUGCGACCACGACCACGGCUAAUCAAAACGCUGAGUUUUGCUUCAGUUCAACUACUACCCAGACGGUUUCAGACCAGAUCGUAUCUUUGAUCUCAUCAAUGUCCACGUCAUCAUCUCCGACACCAAUGACUUCAAACUUCAACCCUUUUCCAAACAACUGGGAACUCAACUACUGCAACAACACAGUUCCAUCACAGAGCAACAGUAUCUACAGUGCUUUCUUUGGUAAUAAUCAUUACACAGAAACCACCCAACUCACGAAUAAUAAUAAUAAUAAUAAUAUAUUAUUGGAUCAUCAUCUUCAUCAAGAUGUGAAGUCAUGGGCACCAGAGAUUCUUCAUUACACAGAACAUAACCAAAGCUUAGAAACUGGUUUAGAAGCAGAAGUGAAGCCAGACAUUGCCAAGUACUACUGGAGAUCAGUAUCAUCAUCGUCAUCACCAAAUGAAAGCGCUGUGACAUUACUACCUGAUGCUGACGUGGAGUUGUACGGUAAAAAUCUUCAAAAACCUAAUAACAUGGCGUUUGGUCAGAGCCUUUAGAUUGUUUAACAUUUGCUAGAGAGAGUGUAAUCGGUAUUUCUUCAAUUCAUGUUCACAAUCAAGGAUGCGAGUUUUCUUGAUUGAUAGAUUCAUAUAUAAUAUAAUAUUCUGCAUUUGGUUAUGUAUAUCUUUAUUUUUAUUUUUUUGGUUGUGUAAAUUCUCUGUUCGUAUUUUUGUGUGCUAAGAUGUAAUUCCUUAUUUCUUCUUCUUGUCAUGAUUUUUGACCUAAAUACAGUUUGCG